AUGAGGCCCCUGCUCUUCUGUCUGGGACUUGCUGUGUUCCUGGGCUCCUGCCUGGCCUGUCCCAGCCCCUGCUCCUGCUCCACCAAGAAGAAUGGGCGGCUCUUGGCUGAGUGUGCCUACAAGGAUCUCCAGGAGGUACCUGAGGGGUUGUCCUUCAAUGUGACCAUCCUCACCUUGUCAGCCAACAGGAUCACCUGGUUGGGGCAGAGCUCCUUCGCUGAGGUUCCCGAGGUGCAGUCACUGUGGCUGGGCUACAACCAGAUCGGGGUGGUGGAACCAGGGGCUUUCUCCUUGUUGGUGCACCUGAAGAACCUAGACCUGAGCCACAACAAGAUCAUGGAUUUCCCCUGGCAGGACCUCCGUAACCUCAGUGAGCUGCAGAUCCUGAAGAUGAACAACAACCGCCUGGCCGGGCUGUCCCGGGACGCCUUCCAUUCCCUGAAGGACCUGCGCUCCCUCUGGCUCAACGACAAUGAGCUGACCACCUUGGCUGAGGGCACCUUUGACAACCUGCCCUCCCUGUCCCAGCUACAGAUCUUCAACAACCCCUUCAACUGCUCCUGCAAGGUCUUCUGGCUGAAGAAGUGGACUGAGAGCACCUCUGUCUCCAUCACCAAGGGUGGGUCUACACUGUGUGUGGCCCCUGCCAGGCUGAAGGGGAGGGCAGUGACAGACAUCCCCGACCACCACUGUGUUGCCCCCUCCGUGCAGCUCACCUACCUGUCCAACUUGGACAAUACAGUGAUGUAUGAUGGGCUGACUCUGAGCCUGCACUGCAGUGUGGCUGGUAGUCCUCCACCAGAGAUCCGCUGGAAGAUCCAGACCUCCAGCCGCCGCGUGGAGAUCAACGGCCCCAAUGUGGCACGGGAUGGAAACGUCAAGCAGAGCCAAGAGCACUUCUUGGUCUUCAAGAAUGGCACCAUGGCCAUCCCCAACUUCAGCAAGGAAGAUGAAGGCACCUACACCUGUCUCGCUGUCAACGAUGUGGGCAUGAGGGAUGUCUCAGUCAACGUGGCCUUGGCGGGGUCGGAGAAUCCAGCAGAAGACCUGCUGCGGGAUGACCCCCAUGCUGGUCACCUCGGGGGGAGAAGCUGCUACAAAGGGGAUGAGAUGGACCCCUCGGGUGUGGGAGAAAAGCUGGUGAUUGUUUACCACAUGCCGAGGGAGUCGAAGAGCAGGGCUGGAGGAGCUAUGGCCCAGGGCCACCUGGGGACCCUCCUGCUGGCUUUGGGCAUUGUGCUCUGCUGUUAA